GGGCCCGCGGCCGGGCCGCCUGGGUGAGCGCGCCGAGGCGGCUGCGGCGCAGGCUUCCAGCCCCCACCAUGCCGUGGCCCCUGCUGCUGCUGCUGCCUCUGCUGCUGCUGGCCGUGAGCGGUGCCCAGACCACCCGGCCAUGCUUCCCCGGAUGCCAGUGCGAGGUGGAGACCUUCGGCCUCUUCGACAGCUUCAGCCUGACGCGCGUGGACUGCAGCGGCCUGGGCCCCCACAUAGUGCCGGUGCCCAUCCCUCUGGACACCGCCCACUUGGACCUGUCCUCCAACCGGCUGGAGGCCGUGAACGAAUCGGUGCUGGCAGGGCCGGGCUAUACCACGCUGGCAGGCCUGGAUCUCAGCCACAACCUGCUCACCGGCGUCUCGCCCACCGCCUUCUCCCGCCUUCGCUACCUGGAGUCGCUUGACAUCAGCCACAACGGCCUGGCCGCUCUGCCGGCGGAAAGCUUCACCAGCUCCCCGCUGAGCGACGUGAACCUCAGCCACAACCGGCUCCGAGAGGUCUCGGUGUCCGCCUUCACCGGCCACGGCCAGGGCCGGGUGCUGCACGUGGACCUCUCGCACAACCUCCUGCACCGCCUCGUGCCCCACCCCGCGGGGGCCAGCCCACCAGCGCCCGCCAUUCAGAGCCUGAACCUGGCCUGGAACCGGCUGCGCGCCGUCCCCGACCUCCGGGACCUGCCGCUGCGCUACCUGAGCCUGGACGGGAACCCGCUGGCCGCCGUGGGCCCGGGUGCCUUCCGGGGGCUGGCGGGCCUCACACACCUGUCGCUGGGCAGCCUGCAGGGGCUCCCCCGGCUGGCACCCUAUGGCUUCCGUGAGCUGCAAGGCUUGCAGGUCUUGGACCUUUCGGGCAACGCCAAGCUCAAGUGGGCGGGCGCAGCCGUGUUCGCAGGCCUGGACGCCCUGCAGGAGCUGGACCUGUCAGGCACGGGCCUGGUGUCUCUGCCCGACGUGCUGCGCCUCCGCCUGCCCGCGCUGCAGAGCGUCAGCGUGGGUCAGGGCGUGCGGUGCCGGCGGCUGGUGCGGGAGGGCUCCUAUCCGCGGCAGCCGGGCUCCAGCCCCAAGGUGGCCCUGCGCUGCGUAGACACCCGGGAGAGGGCUGCCAAGGGCCCCGACGCUUUGUGACAAGCGGCGUAGCCCGGGGCCGGCCGACACCCCGCUGCCCCCGGGGCUUCCUCAGGUCCCGGGUAAUUUAUAUUUUCCCGUGCCAAUGCCAGGAGGCACCCUGCAGGCCUCCGCGGCAGCAGCGUCGAAGGAGAGCCGUGGGCCUAGGGAGAGGCUUUGGAGCUGGGACCCGCACCCAGCAGCCAAGUCUGGCCCCUUUGUCUGCGUUCCUCCCCAAACCAGAAGUAGAAGGUCUUAGAUGCCAAACCGGAGACGGCAGCCCCCUGCCGUCCUUCCCCACUUGUCCCCAAAGUGCCUUCCCUCAGGCCUGGGCCGACCCGACCUGUGGCAGGUGGAGAGUGGAUGGGCGAUACUGCUGCAGAAAAGAGGUCCGGCCCGUGGCUGAGCACCCCCCUGGGCCCACGGUCCAGUCACUCAGGGGCAUGAGCUUCCUUUAAGAAGCCGCCCCCGCUUUGCUCUGGGCACCUGAGGCCCACCUCAUACUUUUCUUUUCCUCUAGGACCCUGGGUAGAUCCUUAGUCGUAGAAGGGACUAGAGAAAAAAUCAAGUGCACCUCCUCAUGCGACAGAUGGGGACACUGAGGGCUAGAGACGGCAGACGGCUAAUCGAAGGUACUAGAGCCACGGAGGCAUAACCGGCCCCAGCGUCCUGCCUCCCAGCGAGGCCUUUGCACUUUUCCAUCGUCUCUAAAUCAUGCCCUCCGUCCCCUUCCUGGGCUCCCCCUCCUGCCAUUUGUACCCUUUCCCUGUCCUCCCCAGGACAGGCGAGGGCCUCAGAAGUGGGACUCUGGGCCCUGUAAGCAGCUGGGUGGCACAGGGUAAGUGAGUUCACCUCGGAGCUUCUGGAAGCUUCAGGCAUGCCAGUCCCAGGCCCACCAGUUUCCCACUCGGCAGUGGGGUCCUCCAGCAUCGAGACUGGAAAUUGGUCCUUUGACCCCUGAGGUACUUACUGCGUCUACAUGCAAGGAGUUGAUGCAGCCCCGGAGCCCCAAGGGGCCUCCCAGACGCGGUCCCCACUGGCCCUGAGCCCAGCAGCCUGUCUCAGCCAUGUGUGGGAGGGAGGCAGGUACCCCCAUCAAUGUUCAUGUUCUCAGCCCAGCCCUGGGCUCUCUCCUUUGUAUUUGUUCUAUAAAAAUUGUUGCCUUUGUAAAGGAUUGUUACUUCCACCACCCCUCCCCCGACCCCUGCCGGCAGGGGAUGGAAACGUGCCAUUUGUAAAAGAAGAAAAACA